AUGGGCCCCGGCCCCCGGCCCCAGUCGGCCUGGGCUGCGUCUGGAGCCCGGGACCUUCCCUGCGGCUCCUGCGGCUGCGCUGGCUCCUGCACCUGCAAAGCCUGCAGAUGCGCCUCCUGCAAGAAGAGCUGCUGCUCCUGCUGCCCCGUGGGCUGCGCCAAGUGUGCCCAGGGCUGCGUCUGCAAAGGGGCCUCGGACAAGUGCAGCUGCUGUGCCUGAUGUCGCGGAGAGCCUGCCCCGGGUGUCAACAGAGCAACCAGGACAAACCUGCAUUUUACCGUUUUUCAUACAACCGGACCUGACGCUACAUUCCUUUUUCUAUGAAAUCUGUGACUUGUAAUAAAAGCUGUUGACUUUA